AUGGCUAACGUACGUACUAAGCAAUGUAAGCUCGGAAGGACUGAGUACCUAACUAAAUAUCAUCCAAACCAUGACGAGGUCGUGAAUCCUUGGGCUGAAAAUUUUGUGAAACUUCGCCCAGCCCUUGAGGUGAUGAUGCCCCAAAAGGAGGACGGGUUGACCGAAAACCCUUGGACUCUUUGUAAGAAAGUUGAGAAAAUAUGUGCAGAUCAGCUCACUGUCAGACUCUCUGUCUGUCCACCGGAAAUGAAGGCCUAUCCAAUAACCACCAGUCGCCAGAUGUCACGACUUCCUGAUAACGCCUUUCUAGAUGAGACUUUCGUCAGAGAACAGACUGCCGCCAAUGGAAUUGGUAACAAUUUUUUCGUCCAUAGAUACAAUCCGAAAUACAAAAAAAGACAUACAAACAUAAGAAACAAUGUUAACUUUUUGCUUGUUAGUCACAGCAAGACAUACAACCGAAACUUAUCAUAG